GCGGCUGCAAUACAAAUAGUGGAUAGCGUGCAUAGCAGCGGCUAUGUAAUUUUCUUUGAUUAUUUUGAUCAAAUUACCAUGUUAACCCCAUAUCUAAAGUUUAAGUUAAAAAUUUUUAAGGUUAAUUAUGUCUUUCCAACUUUUCUAUUUAUAAAUUAAAGAAAGAAAACCCUAAAAGCUAAAAAACCUCAUCGCCUUUGGUCUUGUCCCGCGCACAUCUGGUCUUCCGACUCUUCUCCUCCCAACUCUCCUCUCAACUCUUUUCUGACUUUUCUCCUCCCAACUCUCCUCUCGACUCUCCUCUACACUUUGCACAACAUCUGGUCUCCUCUUAGUCCCCAUCGGUCAUAGGAAGAAUGCAAGACAACUCUCACAGAGCUUACCCUUUCACACCUCCUGUAACUGGAGUUACUGGACUGCAAUUCAUCACUGAUCUGUACACCAUAUCAUCUCCAAUUUUAGGUAAUCUUUCAAGUAAGCACUGAUUUUACUGGACAGCGAUUAAGCAUUUUAUAUAUAUAUUUUUUGGCUUGGUUCUACUUCUGCCAGUGCUGUCUCUCCCUUUUUUCUUUUUUCUUUUUUUUUGGACACCAGAACAAAAAGUUGGAAUUAGAAAUAGAAAGACACGAAAGCAUGUUGUAAUUUUUUUUUUUUUGGUAUUGAAGCAAGUUUAUAUUACAAUUUUUUUUCUUUGCUUGGUUUUGCUUUUGCAAGUGCGCCUUUGUUUCUAUUUUUUUUUUUUCUGUAUUGAAGCAAAUUUAUAUUACAAUUUUUUUUCUUUGCUUGGUUAUGCUUCUGCAAGCACGCCUCUAUUUCUAUUUUUUUUUUUUUUUUGUAUUGAACCAAGUUUAUGGUACAAUUAUUUGUUUCUUUGCUUGGUUUUGCUUCUGCAAGUGUGCCUCUGUUUCUUUUUUUUAUUUUCAGUAUUGAAGCAAGUUUAUAUUACAAUUAUUUGUUUCUUUGCUUAGUUUUGCUUCUGCAAGUCAUUUUAUGCUUUUUAUUACCAGAUUUAUCUUUUAUUUUAAUUAUUAGAUUUAUAUUUUAAUUUUUUUAUUAAAUACCCGCUAUUUGUCUAUAGCAGCCGCUACGCUACUUGCUACGCUAUCAUAGCGGAUUUCGGCCUUUCCGCUAUUUGCCGCUAUCCGCUAUUGAUAACAC